CAGCCGCCCGGCCGGCCAAGAAGCCGAGUCGCCCGCACGUCUGCCGCCGCCCGGCCGCCCCCGCGCGCCCGUCCGCCCGCCCCCAAAGCCAGAUUUGCCAAGUCAUUGCCCCCAAUUCCUUUCCCCUCCCCUGCGAACCGAGCCUCGGCGACCAUCGGACCAUGGCCGCCUCCUCCCUCUGACCCCACCGCCCGCCUCGAUCCAUGAGACUUCCCGAUCUUGCUGCGGCCCGAGGAUGUCCCAGCGCGACGUCGACUACAGCUGUGGAUCUUGCGGAUACCCUCUAAAUCUUUCAUCCUCUAACCGAAGCACAUCUGAAGUAGGCUCCUCAUAUAAGAAGUCUCUGAAGAAAGGGUUGAUCUCGUUCGUUUCUGUUGAUCUCAGCCGAUUUACUCAGGUAGACGAGAUAUCUUGCUUUCCCCUCACCUGGCGUGGUUACAGACCGAAAACUAAGCUUCUUUGCCGAAAAUGUGGAGCAUCUAUAGGCUAUGGAUAUGGUGAGCCAGCUGUUUUGUGUAGUUUUGAUCCAGCAAGUUCAUCCUCAAGUAUAUCCCAGAAGUAUUUAAUAAAGAUCCAGGCUCUCCAACCUUCAGAUGGAACUGAGUAACCUGUAAUUUCAGUCUACUAUGGAAAGAGAGACGAUGGAUGUCAGCUUGGAAAACUACACCAGUUGCCUAUCUGAUGAUUGCUUGCUUUCUAUAUUUAACAGGCUUGAAAGUGAGUUGGACAGGAAUGCUUUUGGUUUAACUUGCAGGAAUUGGCUGAAGGUUCGAAACAUUGGUCGGAAAUCAUUAACAUUCCAUUGUUCUUUUAACCCUAAAAUAGAUAAGGAGCAUGCCAAGUGCAUCCCAAAGUUUUUGGCUUGCUCACCUAGUCUUAAGAGGAUAUCCCUUGCUGGGCUCACAGAGCUACCUGACUCUGCUAUGAACGCUCUUAGAAUGUCUGGAUCAUCUAUGCGAUCCCUUUCAUUGUAUUGCUGUUCUGCUAUAACAGAUGAUGGUCUAGCACAGGUGGCGAUUGGAUGCCCAAAUUUGGUGGUUGUUGAACUUCAAAGCUGCUUUAAUAUUACAGAUGCUGGUUUGGAAAGCCUUUCAAAGGGCUGCCAUGCUUUGAAGAGUCUAAACCUUGGUUCUUGCACAGGCAUUUCAGACCGAGGGGUCUCUGCAAUCUUUAGCAAUUGCUCAAACAUCUGCACACUGAUCAUUACUGGUUGCAGGCGUCUGUCUGGUAUUGGAUUCAGAGGUUGUCCCAGUACACUUCAUUAUCUUGAAGCUGAAUCUUGCAUGCUUUCUCCAGAUGGUUUGUUGGACGUAGUUAGUGGUGGUGGACUUGAGUACCUAAACUUGCACAAGUUAGGAAGCUCAACUGGGCUGGAUGGCUUGGGUGGCCUUGCUUUUGCUAGAAGCCUCCGCACCCUGAACCUCAGGAUGUGUCGCUACCUCACAGAUGACUCUGUGACGGCAAUAGCCAGUGGGUGCCCAUUUCUUGAGGAGUGGAACCUUGCUGUCUGCCAUGGGGUCCAUUUACCUGGUGGGUCUGCGAUCAGGUUGCAUUGCAACAAGCUGAGAGUUCUGCAUGUGAACCGCUGCCGAAACAUCUGUGACCAGAGUUUGGUGGCCCUUGGCAAUGGUUGUCCCCACCUUGAAGUUCUGCACAUAAAUAGCUGUGUCAAGAUUACCAAUAAUGGCCUGGCUUUAUUUGCCAUUUCCAGGCCCCUGGUGAACAUAAGAGUGGAUGAAGUUAUGUCCAUUGGUCCUUCCAUUGAGAAUUUGUUCCGGAUGCAAUGAUAAGAGAUUGUAGUUAGAUUUAAGUUUGGGCUUACAAGUUCUAGCCCAUCUCAUUACAGGUGAUUGGUUCUUCAGCAAUUAUGCUGCAGAUUGUGAUUGCUCUGCUGCAUACUUAUUUCUUCAUUGUAAGAUAUCAUAUUGAAGGAUGCUGUGGUCUGAACAAUAUAUAGAUGCAAAUGAGUUGAACUUAUGUAAGGUGUACUUUGGUUAUUAAUGUGCUCUGACUCCAGUUUUCUGGUGAAA